GCCCCGGAAGUGACGUUCCGUCGCCGCCAUCUUGCUACACCCCCACACUCCUACAGGGGACCCGAAUGUGACAGGCGCAGCUCUGUCACUCACUUCCGGUGGGUGGUAGAGACUGGUGACCAGGGACUUCCGGUCAGGGUGGCUGUAGAGCUGCUGUUGGGGUUUCAGAUGUUGUUCCCAUGAUGGAGGGUGACCGGCGCCCAGUCUCACAUGACCCCAGAGACAAAACUCCCAACCAUGUCAACGUUGAAGAGGGGGGAAUACAAUGUGUGAAGAUUAAAGAGGAGGAAAUACAAUGUGUGAAGAUUGAAGAGGAGGUAACCCCUCCAGAGAGCAGCACAGAUGGAGAGCAUCAUAGAUAUAGUGAAGAGCCUCCAGAUGACAGAAGAGAAGUUGCAUCUGACUCUUCCAAAGCAAACCCGAUCACCCCAAAUCUUCAUCCAGCACCUCGCAAUGGAGAUCUGUCAUUGUUUGGAAAUGGGAAGCAUUUUUCUGGCCACUUACACUUCAUCAUCCAACAAGCAGCACUCCACAAGGGAGAACUAUACUCAUGCACUCUGUGUGGUACAUACUUUACUGAUAGGGCAGGACUCCUCUCACAUGAGAGAUUGCACACGGCACAGAAACCAUACUCCUGUUCUGUAUGCGGUAAAGGUUUCCCCUGGAAAUCAUCCCUCGCCAAGCAUGAAAAAAUCCACAGGGGAGAGAAGCCGUAUUCAUGCUCACAGUGCGGAAAGAGCUUCAUUGAAAGAUCCUCUCUUGUUAUCCAUGAAAGAAUUCACACUUGUGAGAAGCCAUUUUGUUGUUCUGAGUGCGGCAAAAGCUUCACCCAUAACGGGAAUCUCAACGCUCAUCAGAGGACUCACCAAGGAGUGAGACCAUUCCCAUGCUCCGAGUGCGGGAAGUGCUUUAGCCGGAAAUCAACUCUUGUCAUGCACGUUAGGAUUCACACGGGAGAGAAACCAUAUGUAUGUUCCGAAUGCGGGAAGACAUUUUCUUUGAAGCAAUCUUUAAUCUCGCACACAAGAAUUCAUACGGGAGAAAGGCCGUUUUCAUGCCCCGAGUGCGGAAAAUGUUUCCGCUGCAGGACCCGGCUUCUCAAGCACCAGAGGACUCACACGGGGGAAAAGCCGUACGCGUGUUUAGAUUGCAAGAAGUGUUUCUCAUCACGGGAAUGUCUUAUCAGACACCAGAGGACUCACACGGGGGAAAAGCCGUACGCGUGUUUAGAUUGCAAGAAAUUCUUCUCAUCACGGGAAUGUCUUAUCAGACACCAGAGGAUUCACACGGGGGAAAAGCCAUAUAAGUGUUUGGAGUGUGGAAAGUGCUUUGCAGAUAGAUCGGUUCUCGUCAUACACCAAAGAACGCACACUGGGGAUCGCCCCUAUCCGUGUUCUGUGUGCGGGAAGAACUUUUCUUGUAAGCAGCAACUGACCGGACAUCAGAAAGUUCACACGGGGGAGAAGCGACAUUACUGUGAUGAAUGCGGGAAAUGUUUUACCCGAAAGUCAACUCUUGUGACGCACCAAAGAAUUCACACGGGGGAGAAGCCCUACUCGUGCACGGAGUGCGGGAAAUGUUUUUCCGUGAGAAAACGUCUUAUUUCACAUGAAAGAACUCACAUAAAAGGCAAAUUGUUUUCUUGUUCUGAAUGUCAGAAAUGUUUUGCCGACAAGUCAGCAUUUGAAACACAUCUUAGAACACACACGGGGGGUAUCUCAAAUUCGUAGUGAACCAGAAGCCUUUCUGACCAUCUGAUCAGACAUCAGUGAAUUAACUCUGAGGUGAAGCCAUGUUCCUGUUACAAUUGCAGGAAAUGUUUUAGCUGGAAGUCACUUCUCACUACACAUGAAAGCGUUUCCCCUGAACAGUAUUGCACUGGGGAGAAGACAUUACCUAGGGUUGUCCCGAUACCACUUUUUUAGGACUGAGUACAAGUACCGAUAUUUUUUUUCAAGUACUCGCCGAUA